AUGGGCCAAAUAUAUUCAUUCCUAGGCUAUGGAAAUACGACUGGGAACAACAAUCAGGAAGCAUUAUUACUCGGUGAAGAUUUUUCCUGCAAAAUAUGCUUGGAGGUUUUACAUGACCCAGUUCAAUGUCAAAACAACGAGCAUUAUUUUUGUCGGAAGUGUGUCACGAAGCAUCUGGGAAACUCUGAAAGAUGUCCACUUUGUAUGGACCAACUGACGCUCGAAACGCUGCGACCUGCACCUCGAAUUGUUGCCAGUGUUGUAUCCCAGUUGAAAAAACCACGUUGCAGUCAUGUUUCUCGAGGUUGUGAGGAGAAUGUUCAAGUUGAAGAGUUGUUGUUACAUGAACAGACGUGUGGUUAUGCUCCGGUUGUUUGCUCGAACGAAGGCUGCAAAGAGACGGUGAACAGACGCGAUAAAGAAAGCCACGAGACGGAAGAAUGCAAAUUUAGAAAGAUAACUUGCGAAUCUUGUGAUGAAGAGUUGGUGUAUGUUGAUUAUUAUAAGAACCAUCAAUGCAGUUUAAGAUUGAGGAAAGAGAUAGAUGAAAUUAAAUUACGUUUGGAUGAAAUGAACGACGCUUUGAAACAAAUUGUUUCUACCGGAACUAAACAUAAAAUGAAGUUAGCAACAAAUUCAGAAUGCGUUCGUAACAACAAGCAGACAAGUCGACAGGAAGAAGUUCCCUGCAAAAGUUCUACCGCCAUUCGUGGAGAGAAAAAUGUCGUCAACGGACAAAUUUUUAUUUUUGGUGGUGACCUAUUCGACGACGAAAUUGGAAAAUCUGUCGAGGUUUUUAACUGGUCAACGAAGACUUGGACUUUGAUUAAAAAUUGUUUAUUUUUCCAACGGUGGCACUCAUUUUCGUUUCUUUACGGGAAGAAAAUAAUGGUUUGCGGCGGUUAUUCCAAAGGGCGGAUUGAAUACCUGAAUCCAAGCGAGAGUGGGUAUACUGCAACUGUAUCAUCAGUUUCAUUGCCCAGCAAUGCUAAAUGCAAUGGUUUACUUCAUAAAGGUCGACUCCUCACGUUCCACAAAAAAAGUGUAGUAGAAACCUCGCUUGAUUCACCUGGAGAAUCAAGAACACUCUUGGCAGAGAAGCAAGAUCGUAAUAUUUCUGCAGGAGUGCAUUGCUUUGGUAACAAUAUUUAUAUUGUUGGAGGGAUAGAGAGUUCCAUGGAGAAAUAUGAUGUGGUUAAGAACGAGAUAAAAACUCUGCCUUCUUUGCCGUAUACAGUGUCAGGCAUGGCGACUGUCGCGUACAAGGAUAACAUCAUUAUCCUCGGUGGUCUCCAUGGAGAAAAGGCACUGGAUGAUGUUGUCAUGUUUAAUGUGACCAACCAGGAGUACAAGAAAUUGCCGUCCUUGUUAGAAACGAGAUAUGGUUGCGCAGCUGUGAUCAUAGGAGACAUGAUUGUCGUUAUGGGCGGUAUGAAGAAAGAUAACGAAUCUGAUUGGAUGGAUCACAUGAUGGUUUUAAAAACAGUGGAGUAUUAUGUGAUUGGUGACAGUGCGUGGCAAAAAUUGCCAGCCAUGAAUCUAGGUCGAUCUUAUGCCACUGCUUGUGUGUAUAUGUAUUAA